AUGGAAGAUGAACCUAGUUUAGCCUUCUGGGAACCGGUUAAGAAAGAAACAGAUGACAAACACUAUAAAGACCUCAAUGUCUCUGUAUCAGUAGAAGGUUCAGCGGGCAAAGAGGAAGAAGAAGCAGAAAAAGAAGAGGAAAAGAAAGUAGAACCUACUACGAUCAUUCCGAGUUUUCUUGCAUUUAUAAUAUUUGUCUUCAUUUCCAAGUCUUUACAACUAGGAGAACAAACGAAUCUUCCUCCUGGGAGUCUGGGCCUUCCUCUAAUAGGCCAGACCAUUGAAUUCCUUAGAGCCCACAAAUCCAACACAGGCAAGGACUGGAUAGAAGAAAAGGUCAAAAAAUAUGGCCCAGUCUUCAAAACCUCCUUGAUGGGUUGCCCCACUGUUGUCCUCACUGGCCAAGCGGGUAAUCGCUUUGUGUUUCAGAGUGAGGACAGUACCAUUACUAACAAGCAGCCCAUCUCUGUUUCCAGGAUUGUUGGAAAGAAGAACAUUCUAGAACUCAGUGGAGAAGAUCACAAGCGCAUGAGAGGUACAAUUAUGCAGUUCCUCAAGCCCGAAGCCUUGCAGAAACUUGUGGGCAGGAUGGACUCCGUCAUUCAACAUCAUUUUCUUGAUUUCUGGGAAGGAAAGGAGUUUAUUACCGUGUUGCCAUUGAUGAAAACAAUUACUUUCCAGAUUGCUUGUGAUUUGCUCUUUAGUUUGACUGACCCAAAGGAGAGACAAAUACUAGGCACAGAUUUUACUGAAGCUAUUAAGGGCGUUUGGUCGUUUCCCUUGGAUUUACCUGGAACAACUUUUCGCUCUGGCUUGAAUGCUCGCUCUAGAAUAUGUAAACGUUUGUCAUCUUUAUUACAAGUGAGGAGGGAGGAAUUGCAACAAGGAAAGUCUUCCCAUGAUCAGGAUUUAAUGUCAACCAUGCUGACCAUGAGGGAUGAAAAUGGUAGAGCCCUGGCAGAAGAGGAGAUCAUUGAUAAUAUAAUAGCGGUAAUGACAGCUGGUCAUGAAAGCACGUGUACUCUGUUGGUACAUCUUGUGAGAUUGUUAGCAUUGAAUCCAAAUAUAUACCAGAACAUCCUGCAAGAACAAAGGCAUAUUUUGGUGAGUAAAAAUCCCACUGAACAUCUUCAAUGGGAAGAUGUUCAAAAGAUGAAGUAUACAUGGAAAGUUGCUCAAGAGACAUUACGCUUAAUUUCACCAGUUUUUGGUGCAUUUAGAAAGGUCAUGAAAGAUAUUGAAUUUGGAGGUUAUGCCAUUCCUAAGGGCUGGCAGUUGUUCUGGGCUGCAACUAGUACACAUAUGGAUGCGGAGAUCUUCAGAGAGCCAGAUAAAUUUGAUCCAUCUCAUUUUAAUACUCGUCUUCCACCAUAUACUUAUAUACCGUUUGGAGGGGGACAUCGCAUUUGUCCUGGUUAUGAUUUCACAAAAAUGGAAACAGUGAUAUACUUGCACCAUUUGGUGCUUAACUACAAAUGGUCUCUAAUGGAUCCUAAAGAAAAAAUAACAUGUGAACCUAUGCCUCUCCCUGCUCUGGGACUACCAAUCAAGCUUGAAGCUAAGCAUGAGUAA